UUGUUUAAAAUAUUUUAUUCAUUCACAAACUAGUUACUAUUCACAAACUACGUUUCACCAAUUAUUAUCAUAGUAUAUAUAUAUUUUUUUGAAUAUUUUCAUUCACAAACUAGUUAUCAUUUGUAACCAGUUAAGUUUCUUCAUCAUCUCCCUCAUAAACAAUCACCAAAAAUAAUUGGUAUCUUCGUCAUUGUUGUUCUGGCCUCUUUCUUUACUAAUGGAUCGAAGGUCAUCAUUAGAAGCUGCUGCUAAAUCUGGAAACAUCGAUCUACUAUACGAACUGAUCCAUGAAGAUCCAUCUGUUCUCGAUAAAAUGGACGACGUGGCCUUCGUCAAUACUCCUCUCCACGUGGCAGCCGUCGCCGGAAAAACAGAGUUUGCCAUGGAAGUUAUCAACUUGAAACCGUCUUUUGCUCGGAAACUUAACGCCGACGGACUUACGCCAUUACACCUAGCCGUCGAUCACGGUCAUUUCUCGUUAGUACUUGAAAUAGUUAAGGCUGAUCCAAGCCUUGUUCGUGUUAAAGGGAGACAUGGAGAGUGUCUUUUGGUAUUACCCUCUGUUCGUUCCUUUGAUCUUGGUUUACGCUGCUGCAAGGAAUGUGAUAGGACCGAAUAAUAGAGCGAUAUAUAUCGUAUUAUGUGGUCCGCUCGUGAUACUGCUCAUUUGGGGAUUCGGGAUGAAUGCGUUUGCUGACUGGGUGAAGUCUAAAAGAACCAAGGUGCGUGGACCCAAGAGUGGAUUGAUUUGGGAAGGUUUCACUACGUUGAAUCAAGCUAAAGGUAUUGCGCCUAAUUAUAAUAGGCAUGUGAUGAAAGGAGCUUAAUUUCCUCUUUGUUUUUUUACUGUUUCUUUUUGAAUGUUUUAUUCUAGUACUCUCGUCGGGGAAAAUUUACAUUGAUCUAUAUUAUUUUUGUUAAUUAAUAACUGAAAGGCUCGUUUAAAUAAUAAGUAUACUACUGUUACUACAUUA